AUGAAAGCUGCAGCAGCUGGGGUGGUCGAGAACGUCCAGGGCAUCAGCGGCGGAGUCACCUCCACCGGCACCCUUCGUCUGACCGACUACCACCUCGUCUACUGCGUCCCGGUCAAAGCCUCAAAGGACCAACCGCUCCCUCAACCGCCGAACCAAGCACCCAAGACUCGCGAAUCAUGGAUUACGUUUCCUAUCCUGUCAAAUGUGCAACUCCGGCUCAUGCCCCCGACCACUGGCAUUCAUAGCUCAAUCCGCAUCCGCUGUCGCGACUUCGUCUUCGUCACCUUCACAUUCCAAGACGACAAAGCUGCCAAGGAGGUGUUCGAGUUCAUCAAGGCCCGAACCUGCAAGCUUCCCUCCGUCGAGUCGCUCUUCGCGUUCCAUCAUAAGCCCUCCAAGGUCGAAAAGCACGUCAAUGGCUGGCACAUCUACGAUCCGAGAGCCGAGUUCCGUCGACAGGGUAUUAGCGAGAAGUCGGCGGACUUGGGAUGGAGAAUCAGCAACAUCAACAAGGACUAUACCUUUUGCGACACGUACCCUGCCGUUCUUGUGGUUCCCUCUUCCAUCUCCGAUAAUGUCCUCAAGUACGCCAAGGAUUACCGCUCUAGAAACCGCAUCCCGGCUCUUAGCUAUAUUCACAAGGUCAACAACUGCACCAUUACUCGCAGCGCCCAGCCCUUGUCGGGCAUCACCAGGAAAAACAAUGUUCAGGACGAGAAGCUUGUGUUGGCGUCGUUCGCGGAGCGUGUUCCCCGGACCAGCGUCGACUCCGAGCAGCCUCCCCAGUUGCCGGCUUCGGAGACCACCAGUCUUUCAGAGCUCGAGAAGUACGAGGAGAGCAUCAUCGAGGAUGCUGCGCCCAAGGUUUACGACGAGAAGACUGGCAAGAGGCUUGUUUAUGGAGCUCAGCAAGCCAACAUGAUUGUCGACGCCCGGCCCACUGUCAACGCUAUGGUCAACCAAGUCCAAGGAAUGGGAUCGGAGCCCAUGGACCGCUACCCUGGUGCCACAAAGGCCUUUAUGAACAUUGAGAACAUUCACGUCAUGAGAAACUCUCUGAACAAGGUUGUGGACUGCAUCAAAGACGCAGAUGUCUCGCCCUUGCCGCCUGACCAAAACGCCCUCUUUGCAACUGGCUGGCUCAAGCACACCGCAGCAGUGCUCAACGGUGCUGAGAUUAUUGCUCGACAGAUCUGGUACAAGCACUCUCAUGUGUUGAUCCAUUGCUCUGAUGGUUGGGACCGCACAAGUCAGCUCAGCGCCCUUGCUCAGAUCCUCCUGGACCCAUACUUCCGUACCAUUGGGGGAUUCAUGGUUCUGGUGGAGAAGGAUUGGUUGUCUUUUGGCCACAUGUUCAGACUGCGGUCUGGACCCUUGAACCAUGAGAGCUGGUUCAAUGUUCAGAGAGAUGGCAUGGCUGGUCAAACCGUCCAGCCUGGCGAGAAUGACGGCCGCGCAGACGCAUUCCAGAACGUCAUUGCCGGAGCGCGCCGGUUCUUCAACCAGAAUAAGGAUGACCCCACAGAGCAGCUUGACGCUAUUGGCGAGGCAGCGACUGGCAAGGUUGCCAACGACGAGGCCACCGUCCCUAAGAUGAUCAGCCCCGUGUUCCACCAAUUCUUGGACUGCGUCUACCAGCUUUUGCGGCAGAACCCAACCAAGUUUGAGUUUAAUGAGCGAUUUCUUCGCCGGCUGCUCUACCACCUCUACUCUUGCCAGUAUGGAACCUUCCUAUAUAACUCCGAGAAGCAGAGACGCGAUGCCCGUGCUGCUGAGCGCACUCAGUCUGUCUGGGACUACUUCCUGGCUCGCAAGCAGGAGUUCAUCAACAAGGAUUACGAUCCCACCAUUGACGAAUACGUCAAGGGUCGUGAUUCGAUCAUUAAGACAGACCUCAAGGAUAUUAUCUGGUGGCACCAGCUUUUCAACCGGUCUGACGAGGAGAUGAACUCGAACCUGCACGCCACAGCUGCGCAGGCUCAGAACAAGGCCUCGGCCAUGGCCAACUUCCAGCCGGCGACUGAAGAGUCCUACGCGAGCAGCCAUCCUGGCACACCUCCUGACGACACUCCCGGCUCCAAGCCACCCUCGCUGGCGGCUAGCCAGUCUGUUCUCGCUGCGGUGGAAUCAUCACACACCACUCUGACACCCGAGGAGCAACGCCAGGGACGACGAUUGGAGCAGGGACAGGAGCGACACCUUCAACGGAGUGCCUCGGCUGAGAACCCGAAUGCCUUCUCGUCUAUUCGAGACGGCAUUGCGGACGGAAUCGCAAACCUCAAUAUUGGUCGCAACGUCACCGGCAUGCUCAACAACCUGGACCUCUACCAUAGGGAGAACUGGGAUCCUGAUUACCCGAGCGACACCACGAACUCUGCCGAUGCGGCGACAGUCUCUGAGUCGCAUUUGGAGUCUGCCUUAGAUUGGGGUAGUCAAGGCAUGCUGGACUGGGGCGUCAUGAGCUUUCACGGGUACAUGAUCGGCGAGGAGUCCGACAAUGAGUGGCCGCCUGCUGGUUACACGAUGAACGGUACUUUCGACGAGACAAGCGGCGACGAGAGCAGUGGCGACGAGACCAGCAUCAGUGGCGACACCACCAAUGGCAGCCAAAUGAGCAGCGACAGCAUGUCCACGGCCGACAGCGACGACAUGAGCCUUUGUGAGGACACCAUCGUCCCCAUCACCGAGAGCGACCUCAUCCCUGACGGUCUUGACAACAGCUUCGAUGAGAUGGCCGACGACAGCGUCUUUGUCAUGGUGGAAGACAAUGAAGAUGCCCCCUCAGCUGAUAACGGCAGUAUCUUGCACGGGAUUCAAAUGGGUUCCCAGUGA